AUGAUAGGACGCGCUGCUACCACACAUCUCCCAAACAGUCGAGAUGUGCCCAUUGAUCUUACCGAGGACUCUGACGAAUCCAUGGAAGUUGCAGAAGAUCUGGUGGCUGCGACCAACUUGCCUGUGGAUGCAUCAAGUCUAGUCGCAGACGCAGCUUCUCGCGAGGCCACGGCGAAGUUUUACGACAUGUCAAUUGAGGAAUUGAAUAUGGCACUCGACGCUGCACAUGAGAUAUCCAAGGACAUCCCCGUUGCCCUCAUAGACUCGACCCGGCGUUCUCCACCUCCAACAGUGCUUCAACAGCCACUCAAAGAUAUUACGAUCUCUCGGAGACCAGACGGCUUGAACUUGUAUAUCGACGCCUUACAAGACAAGACAUCAGCGAGUCUUACUCGUCUCAUGGCCGAAAAACACAAGGAAGGCACCAAGCAGCAGAUUCCAUCCGAUGCUCUGCGCUCCAGCUUUACGGAAAUACUUUUCAGAACCCAUACACAAGUACUUGCUGGGGUACUAGAAGUCCUGGACUUCCUCGCUCGCGAACCAGCGGCAAAAAGGAAGCGUCCGGGCAUCUACUGCAACGUCAUUGGACACACCGAUACAGGCGAGUUUCUGACUCUCGGCGAAUGCAAUCAAGUUGUCGCCAUGAUGAGACAGUACAUCAACUAUACAGAUAAGCCUGACAAGUCCAAGUUACGAUACGCAACGACUGGAAGAGCUUUGACUCAGAUACGAAAGUUCUUGAACGCCUUUGAUGCUCGCAUCAAGAACAUCGCGCUCAGCCAUGACCAGUCUCUGCCGCUACCGGGAUCUAUACAUGAGUUCGGGUUUGGUGCCGACAUCGAGAACCGUCUUCAAUCCCACCAGCAACACCACUUCGAAAGCCCUUUCUGGGACGGCUUUCGUGUGCUCGUUUCUGGACAAGAUAUGCACUCCGGAGUCCACGAGAACUACCCACCACAUCUUCCCGCAUACGCCGAGGCCAUGGAGGAGUUGAAGAGAGCUGCGGAGGAGAAUGCUAGGGAGAAGAAGACCAACAAGAAGCACAAGAAGCACAAGACACCCAGAAAGAAGAACCCCAGGGAUACCGACAGCGACGAGGAGUAG